UGCCUGGAAAUGCAACAGCAGCACAGACCCAAGAAUGGAAACCGCGUCUCCUGAAAUAUGCUGAAGCGCAGAUAUUUUGUACGUGUUGGGUUUGGGUGAGGAAAGCACCAAAAAGACGCGAGGAGGAGCUGGAGCCGCCGGGGCCGUGCUCAUGUGACCGGUGGCGGCUGAGGGCUGGGGCUGCCCAGAAAUAGCCGCAGCUGCUUUCCUUGCUCGGUGCAACUGGGUUGCGCGAGGGAGGUUGGCUCCUCCGAAGGAUGCGAAGCCACCAAGCCCCAAGCAGAUGAUGGCGAUACGAGAGCUGAAAGUGUGUCUGCUUGGAGAUACUGGAGUUGGCAAAUCUAGUAUAGUUUGUCGAUUUGUUCAGGAUCAUUUUGACCACAAUAUUAGCCCCACUAUUGGUGCUUCUUUCAUGACUAAAACUGUGCCUUGUGGGAAUGAACUUCAUAAAUUUCUGAUCUGGGAUACAGCAGGGCAAGAACGGUUCCAUUCAUUGGCACCAAUGUAUUACCGUGGGUCUGCAGCAGCAGUUAUAGUAUAUGAUAUCACCAAGCAGGAUUCAUUUCAUACACUGAAAAAAUGGGUAAAAGAACUAAAAGAACAUGGUCCUGAAAACAUUGUAAUGGCCAUCGCUGGAAACAAAUGUGAUCUUUCUGAUAUUAGGGAGGUACCUAUGAAAGAUGCCAAAGAAUAUGGAGAGUCUAUAGGUGCAAUUGUUGUUGAAACGAGUGCCAAGCAUGCAGUUAACAUUGAAGAACUCUUUCAAGGAAUCAGUCGACAGAUUCCACCCUUGGAAACUCAUGAAAAUGGCAACAGUGGGACAAUAAAACUUGGAAAGCAGACUGCACAAACAACUAAGCGGUGUUGUUAAACCAACUCGACCUGGUUUGCAUUACUUGAAAAAAAAGAAACCAUUUGCUUAUUUAUAGAGCUACAGACUUCAGAAACUCAAUGACAGAACAUCUUGUCUAAAAGCAAUAAUAUCAGUGCUUUCGUUGGAACUGUAGGAGAAAGGUCUUGGAUCUUCACAAUUAAAAUGGACAAUUCAUUUUAGCAAUAAACUGUUUAAAAUAUUGA